AUGGCCAGCGAAAGCAGACGAAGCUUAUCGGCGCGGGUCGCCUGCCCGCCUCGCCCGCCGCUCCCCAGCCGCGCCCCGUGCGAAGCCGCCCAACUCGCCGCCCACACCCCUGCCAUCUGCUCUUGGCCGCCCUCUCACCCCCCCCCCCCCCCGCCGGGACUGCCCCUCCGCGCGGCGCCCCUCCCGCCCCCUGCGGCCCUUGCGGGCCUGCGGCGGCCGUCUCCGCAGCGGGUGACAAUAAAUGGGUCGAAGCCUCCGGGUUCCGACGGCGACAGCGGCCAGGCACGCACGUACACCUCGUACCCGCCAACUUUACGAGCCACCAAGUUAGCGUCGCCAACUUAA